UAACAUCAAGAACUGCUCAUGACACCAUGACAGAGGAAGCUUCAUUUGUGUUUUUCUCUUAAAAAUGGAAUUUAAAUGAUCAUUAUUGUCUGGAAUACGCAGGUAGCAGGUUAGAUUACACUGCUCAUUCUACCUUUAAUUAACAUAACCAUAUUUAGGAUUUUGCUAAGAAUAUUACCUAGUUUUCUGUAGUCAGACAAUGUUUCUUUUUUACUGUUUGUUUGGACAUGGGCAGAGGAUGUGACAAAAAGACCUAUUUGCAUCCAAACGCACAAAGACAUUUCCCUAGUGCUGGGACUGAAACAACAAUGAGUGCCUUUGGAAAGUUCAAGAACAUUGCUCCUCCUUUGCUACCAAGAAGGAAAGAUGACAGUGCAGAACCUGAAAGACAACAUGAAAAUGAGGAUGAGGAUGAGUAUGGUGGCAUGUAUGAGGUCCCUCCCUUUGAGCGCACCAUUACUGUCCAACAAAUAGCAAAGGAGGAAAACGUUUAUCUGGAGAGGAUGUCCAGCUAUGCGCCUCGACAGAGACAGGCUCCUCCUCCCCCGUCGAGCUCUUCAAAAUCUGGAGAUGCCCUCUUAACUUCUCAAAAUAUAAAACCACCUGAUGUGAACAGAACUGCCAAACCGGGGAAGAAAAACAUGGCCGCACCCCCACCUCCACCAGCGGAGGACAUAUAUUUGGAUCCAAGUGAAGAACAGGAAGAUUCUGAGGAUCUGUACUUGGAACCAGAGGCAUGCUCUCUGCCUGCUAAAGAACCCAAGAUGAAGCUUCCCUUCUUCAAGCAAGUACUCCCGUCACCAGAGCCAAUGAAGAAGCCAUCUCUUCCACCAGAAAAAUCGAGUUCACCCACAGCUACAGCUCCAGAAGUUGAAGCAAAAAGAUUCAGUUUACCCAAGUCUCCUCCUCCAAUUCCAGGCAAACCUAGGGCACCAACAAACCAAAAGGAAAGUCGCCCAGACCCCCCGGUGCUGGAGAAGAAACCAGUAGCUUCUUUUGGAGGUGGAAGAGUAAAAUCUCCUAAUGAGAACAGAGAAUGGUUUGCUGGAGACUGUAACAGAAAAAUGGCAGAGGACCUUUUACUGAGUAUUAAAAAGGAUGGAGCAUUCCUGAUCCGAAACAGCUCAACACACAGUUCCCAUCAGCCAUACACUCUUGCCGUAUUAUUUCAGCAUAAAGUGUACAACAUCCCUGUUCGCUUCUUGGAUGACGCACAAGGAUACGCUUUAGGCAAGGAAGGAAAGAAAAACGAGGAGGUUUUUAACUCUUUGGAUGAGAUGAUUUCUCAUCACAAAAACCACAAGCUGCUUCUGAUCGAUAGUAGGAGCCAGGCCAAGCACACGACAUACUUAACCCAUGCCACUCAUCUGUGACUCCAGGCCACCAGAGGCUUAUCCACUAAACCAAUAUAUUUGCUUUAUAAUAUUAUGAGUAUGAUUUUUACUCUAUGGUUGUAUUUAAUCUCAUUUUAGGGGUAGUAAAAGCAGAAAGGAUAUUUAUAGGUUAUGAUUUUCCUUUUUUGUCAUUAUGUGAAACACACACUUUUUCUUUUGAUGUACAU